AGAAGCUACGCGUAAACUCGGCCACUUAUAUCCCACCAGCUCCAGGAAAGCUUGUUAGAGAAGAGUCAAGGCGGGGGCGGCAUCCAAGCCCCGGGGGAGCCCCAAAGAUUGGGAUACAGCUUACAUUUUCAGACACACAGACACAGAGAGAGAGAGAGAGAUAGAGAGAGAGAGAGAGAGAUGGAAGCGGCGGGCAUGCCGUUCUGGCAAGCCCUGACCCUCUCCUCGAUCGUGGGAUGGGUGCUGGCGUCGUCGGCGUUCGAUCUGACGCGGAGGGUGAGAGCCCUCAUGCAGCCCUGGGUCACCCGCCGCGUCAUCGUCGAUACCCCUUGGAUCCUUCGGCUGCAGAGGAUUCAGCAUCGCUUCUUGGAUAAUAUGUUCUCGGUGAUGUCCUGCGUCGUGUCGGUGCCCUUUUACACCGGAUUUAUUCCUCUUCUCUUUUGGAGUGGGCAUAGCAAAUUGGCCAGGCAGAUGAUCCUUUUGUUGGCUUUCUGCGAUUUCAUUGGGAAUUCUAUAAAGGAUGUGGUAUCGGCUCCAAGACCUAGCAGUCCUCCUGUGAGAAGAGUGACUGCUACUAAGGAUGAGAAGGAGAAUGCCAUGGAAUAUGGGUUACCUUCUUCGCAUGCUCUCAACACUGUUUGCCUCUCCGGAUAUUUGCUGCACUAUGCUCUUACCCAUGGUGUUCAAAAUGGUGUCACAGUUGCUGUUGGGUUUGCUCUAGUUUUCACACUCGUCAUGAUAAUUGGCAUAGGGAGGAUAUAUUUGGGUAUGCAUAGCUUGAUUGAUGUUGUUUCUGGGAUCAGCUUUGGGCUUGUUAUCCUUGCCUUUUGGUUGACAAUCCAUGAAUAUGUUGAUGAUUUUAUUAUAUCUGGGCAGAAUGUUACAUCCUUCUUGGCUAGCCUUUCUUUACUGCUGUGUUUUGCAUAUCCUACUCCAGAAUUCCCAACUCCAAGCUUCGAAUACCACACAGCAUUUGUUGGUGCUGCCUUCGGAAUAGUCAGUGGAAUCCGGCAAACUUACUUUCAUUUUCACCAUGAGGGCGUUCCACGCAUAUUUAGCCCACAGAUACCCCUUCUUGUCUUCUUGGGAAGGAUGUUGGUUGGCAUAUCUACGAUACUCAUGGUGAAGUUCUGCAGCAAGGCCAUAGCCAAGUGGUUGCUCCCUGUGAUGUGCAACACUUUGGGCAUCCCGAUAGUGUCCUCAUGCUAUGUCCCAGCAUUGAGGGGAUCUGAUAGCAGUAAGAGCAAGUCUGAUGGUAAGCAAUUGGGUUAUCUUCAGAAAGUUAUUGCUUUCUUCCCUCGGAAGGCAUAUGAUGUCGACACUGGAAUAAGGUUUCUCCAGUAUGCUGGCCUUGGAUGGUCGGUGACUGACUUGGCUCCAUCACUCUUCUCUCAUCUAAAUUUGUAGCAGGUAUGCGUACUCUACAAAUGAGAGUUGUAGCCUGUUUUGUUUCACAGUUUCUCCCAUCGCUCUUAUGAGGUUGGAGAUAAAAUCAUUUGUUGAUAUCGAUUUUGUAAAAUAUUGUCUUUCAAAUACAAGUUAUCUAUGCCUUAAAAUUGUAGAUGCAUUCUGAUGUCCUGUAUGGGAAAAUGGUUUUAGCUUCAA